AUGAGGUGCAACAACCACAACAGCCUCAGGCGCAACAACCACAACUGCCUCAGGCGCAACAACUACGACUGCGUCGGGUGCAACAACUACAACUGCCACAGGAGCAACAACUACAAGUGCCGCAGGAGCAACAACCACAACAGCUGCAGGAGCAACAACCACUACUGCCUCAGGUGCAACAACCACAACUGCCUCAGGCGCAACAACUACGACUGCAUUGGGUGCAACAACUACAACUGCCACAGGAGCAACAACUACAACUGCCGCAGGAGCAACAACCACUACUGCCUCAGGAGCAUCAACCACAACUGCCACUGGUGCAACAACCACAACUGCCACAGGAGCAUCAACCACAACUGCCCCAGGUGCAACAACCAAUACCGCAGCAGGAGCAACAACCACAACUGCCACGGGAGCAACAACCACAACUUCCUCAGGCACUACAACUACAACUGCCCCAGCUGCUCCAACUACAACCACAGCUGCCCCAACUACAACCACUUCUACUCCAACUACAACCACAGCUGCCCAAACUACAACCACGGCCGCCACAACUACAACAACAGAAGGUCCAACACCAACCACGGCCGCCCCAACAACAACCACAGCUGUUCCAACUACAACCACAGCUGUUCCAACUACAACCACGGCUGUACCAAUAACAACCACAGCUGGUCUAACUACAACAACAGCAGGUCCAACAACAACCACAUCUGCUCCAACGACAACAAUGGCCGCCACAACAACAACCACGGCUGCUCCAACGACAACUACAGCUGUCCAACAACAACCACGGCCGCCCCAACAACAACCACUGCUGCCCAAACUACAACCACGGCUGCCCCAACUACAACCACCGGUGUUCCAACUACAACCACUCCUGAUCCAACAACAACCACAGCUGGUCCAACUACAACCACAGCAGCUGAUCCAAUAACAACCACAGCAGGUCAAACUACAACAACAGCAGGUCCAACAACAACCACAUCUGCUACAACGAACAGAAUCUCCAACAACAACCACAGCAGGUCCAACAACAACCACAUCUGCUCCAACGACAACAACGGCCGCCCCAACAACAACCACAGCUGCCCCAAAAACCAGUCCAACGACAACGACAGCUGCUCCAACGACAACCACAGGUGUUCCAACUACAACCACAGCUGCCCCAACUACAACCACGCCUGCUCCAACUACAACCACAACUGCCCAAACUACAACCACGGCCGCCCCCACUACAACAAUAGAAGGUCCAACAACAACCAUGGCUGCUCCAACUACAACCACAGCUGCCCCAACAACCAGCACAGCUACUCCAACGACAACCACAGCUGUUCCAACUACAACAACGGCUGCCCCAACAACAACCACAGCUGCCCCAACAACCACUGGUCCAACUACAACCACAGCAGGUCCAACGACAACGACAGCUGCUCCAACGACAACAACGGCUGCUCCAACGACAACCACAGCUGUUCCAACUACAACCACGGAUGGCCCAACUACAACCACAGCUGCCCAAACUACAACCACGGCCGCCCCAACUACAACAACAGAAGGUCCAACAACAACCACGGCAACUCCAACGACAACCACAGCUGCCCAAACUACAACCACGGCCGCCCCAACUACAACAACAGAAGGUCCAACAACAACCACGGCAGCUCCAACGACAACCACAGCUGUUCCAACUAUAACCACAGCUGCCCCAACUACAACCACGCCUGCUCCAACGACAACCACAGCCGCCCAAACUACAACCACAGCUGCACCAACUACAACAGAAGGUCCAACAACAACCACGGCCACCCCAACUACAACCACAGCUGUUCCAACUACAACAACGGCUGCCCCAACGACAACCACAGCUGCCCCAACAACAAGCACAGCUACUCCAACGACAACCACUGCUGCCCACACUGUUCAAACUACAACCACGGCUGUACCAAUAACAACCACAGCGAGACUAACUACAAGAACAGCAGGUCCAACAACAACCACAUCUGCUCCAACGACAACGACAGCUGCUCCAACGACAACAGCGGCUGCUCCAACGACAACCACAGCUGUUCCAACUACAACCACAGCUGCCCCAACUACAACCACCCCUGCUCCAACUACAACCACAGCUGCCCAAACUACAACCAUGGCCGCCCCAAUUACAACAACAGAAGGUUCAACAACAACCACGGCCCCCCAAACUACAACCACAUCUGCUCCAACGACAACAACGGCCGCCCCAGCAACAACCACAGCUACCCCAACAACCACAGGUCCAACGACAACGACAGCUUCUCCAACAACAACAGCGGCUGCUCCAACUACAACCACAGCUGCCCAAACUACAACCACAGCCGCCCCAAUUACAACAACAGAAGGUCCAACAACAACCAUGGCCGCCCAAACUACAACCACAUCUGCUCCAACGACAACAACGGCCACCCCAACAACAACCACGGCUGCUCCAACGACAACCACAGCUGUUCCAACUACAACCGCAGCUGCCCCAACUGCAACCACACCUGCUCCAACUACAACCACAGCCGCUCAAACUACAACCAAGGCCGCCCUAACUACAACAACAGAAGGUCCAACAACAACCACAUCUGCUCCAAUGACAACAACGGCCGCCACAUCAACAACCACGGCUACUCCAAUGACAACCACAGCUGUUCCAACUACAACCACAGCUGCUCCAACUACAACCACGGCUGCCCCAACUACAACAACAGAAGGUCCAACAACAACCACAUCUGCUCCAACGACAACAACGGCCGCAACAACAACAACCACAGCUGCCCCAACAACCAGCAGAGCUACUCCAACGACAACCACUGCUGCCCAAACUACUACCACGGCUGCCCCAACUACAACCACAGCUCUGGUCCUACAACAACCACAUCUGCUCCAACGACAACAACGGCCGCAACAACAACAACCACAACCACAACCACAACCACAGCUGCCCCAACCACCACCACAGCUACUCCAACGACAACCACGGCUGCCCCAACAACAACCACGGCUUCUCCAACGACAACCACAGCUGUUCCAACUACAACCACAGCUGCCCCAACUACAACCACCUGGUCCAGCUACAACCACAGCAGGUCCAACGACAACGACAGCUGCUCCAACUACAACCAUGCCUGCUCCAACUACAACCACAGCUGCCCAAACUACAACCACGGCCGCCCCAACUACAACAACAGAAAGUCCAACAACAACCACGGCUGCUCCAACGACAACCACAGAUGUUCCAACUACAACCACAGCUGCCCCAACUACAAUCACGCCUUCUCCAACGACAAUAACAGCCGCCCAAACUACAACCACGGCCCCCCCAACUACAACAACAGAAGGUCCAACAACAACAACGGCUGCCCCAACAACAACCACAGCUGCACCAACAAGCAGCACACCUGCUCCAACUACAACCACUGCUGCCCAAACUACAACCACGGCUGGCCCAACAACCACUGGUCCAACUACAACCACAGCAGGUCCAACGACAACGUCAGCUGCUCCAAUGACAACAACGGCUGCUCCGACGACAACCACAGCUGUUCCAACUACAACCACAGCUGCCCCAACUACAACCACGCCUGCUCCAACUACAACCACAGCCGCCCAAACUACAACCAUGGCCGCCCCAACUACAACAACAGAAGGUCCAACAACAACCACGGCCGCCCCAACUACAACCACAGCUUUUCCAACUACAACAACGGCCGCACCAACAACAACCACAGCUGCCCCAACAACCAGCACAGCUACUCCAACGACAACUACUGCUGCCCAAACUACAACCACGGCUGCCCCAACUACAACCACAGCUGUUCCAACUAUAACCACAGCAGGUCCAACAACAACCACAUCUGCUCCAACGACAACAACGAGCGCACCAACAAUAACCACAGCUAUCCCAACAACCACUGCCCUAACUACAACCACAGCUGCCGCAACACCUACCACAGUUGUCCUAACUACAAUCAUAGCUUCUCCGACUACGACCACAACUGCGCCUACUACAACCACAGCCGCUGCAACGACUACCACAGCUGUCCCAAGUACAACCACAGUUGUCCCAACUACGACCCUAGCUUCUCAAACUACAACCACUACUGCCACAACUGCAACCACUGCUGGUCUAACAACCACAUCUUCCCCAACUACAACAACAUCUUCUCCGACAAAAACCACAGCUCGUCCAGUGUCAAUAACCACUGCUGCCCCCGUUGA